AUGGAUCCGAAAAAGAGCUUUGCCACUACUGAGUCGGCCUCUAUUGAUGAUGCUUUGUUCGAUUUAGACCCGCCGGUCGGGCACGAUGCCACGGUACGAUCCCCUUCUCUCGACUCGAGGCGACGGUCGAACUCGAGCCUGCGAUCGGAAUCUAACCCACAGGCACCAUCGCCAUGCGCGACUCGAGAGAUUCCAGGGGAGGAAUGUGCAUUACAGAGAUUUAUCGUAUGGGCAGCCGUCAAGCGAAACAAAUCGGUUCGAAUGGCAGCAAGCGAACGUCUAAAAUGUCCUCUCCUCUUGUGCGGAGAGCGAUUCGACAACCAUGAAGCGAUGCUAAGACAUCUGACUAAAUGCCAACACCUCAAAACUGGUGAAUACGUAUGCUACGACUGCAUGAAAAUCGAACGAUAUAACGAUGGGAAAUGUCGGUGUUGUGUAGGCCACCCGACCAAACGAAGACGUAUUAUCAACAUAGCCAGGAACUUCUUCUCGAAUAUAGGCAAUAAGACACGAAAGGUACCACAUUCUGACUUCCAGGAAGAUAUUACAGUACCUCCCCCCAGCUACGAUUCUCUCGUAAUCGACCUAGAAGAGCAAAGUGAACGGCAACAGCUGCUGCAGCGUCAGCAGUACCAAGACCAGUCCCAGCACCAGCGACCCCAGCCUCAUCCCCAGAUAGAACUAAAUGGUACAGAAAUACAUGAGUUAGACUCUAGACAGAUGCUGCCGACAGCUGAACUCGAUCCUAUCAACUAUGCCACACAACCCGUAGAUUUCCCCACGACCCCAGAUCAACAGCAUAAUGCUACACCGGGGAUUAUAGUACCCUCCCAAACAACCAUACUUCCGAGGCACAGUGAGCCUUUAGCGCCCUACUCAACGCAACAACUUCAUCAAGACGGAUCCAUGCCUCCGCCUAAUUUAACACAUACAAAUCUAGGGGGUAAUCGACCGUCAUUAGCCCUAGAUACUCACAUAGACCGUUACAGGAACGUUCCCCGUAUGAAACACCUUUCUCCGAGUUCAUCGCUUCGAUCAACAAAAAGCUCGCAUAACAUUUCACCAGUUACUCCAUGGAGCGCAGGUUCAAACAGUUCUGGAGCCUGGACCAUGGGCUCAAGUAUUGAUACCGCGAUGACAUCCCCAAUAACACCUUUGAGUCCAAGUGACUUUCUACCAGCAUCCCGGCCUGAAGACAUCUUAAAUACAGCAAAGCCCACAUCCCCAUGCCCGCACGACAGGUGUGACUACAUGGUCGACGACAUGUCUGAACUACCAGGUGAUGAUUUGUUAUCCAUACCCCGUGGACUCUCUGAUCCGUUGAUGUUCUCUUUUGAGCCUAAGGAUAACUACUCAUGGAUACAGUCUGUAAAUACAGAGAUCUCGCUUUCGCCUUCCGUCAAUAUGAUGUUUACGGGACCUAAUACCAAGCCCACGAGUAUGCCGUCCGGAUUCCUCGAGCCAUCAGAUCGCAGCCUAGAUACUAGGACCCUUGUUGAGUCAGUAUGGGACGCCCUACAGGAACAUAUCGCAUCUUCAAGGUAUAAACUGUCGCACGUCGAAGGAAAUCCGUUAGUCGAGCAACUUCAAACACAGUCACCAAAAGCCGUGGCAUUAAAUGGUCUCUCGAGCCUGAGGAGAAUGCUGCAGGGAGGUAAUCCUACAGACCCGUUUGAUUACAUCUGCUUUAUACAUCUUAUUUACGCCCUCUCCCUCGUAAUCCACGAAAGCGAACUUGCAACUCGUUGUAACGCACUGUACCAACAAGCUCUUACUUACCGACGCUUCCUUGGGCCGACCCAUCGCGAAUAUUAUAUGCAGAUCGUAGUAGCAAUCUGGCAGCCGAUACUAGAGGAACAAUCGCAUGUCUUUAGAGGAGCCCGUACAGAUGGAUCGUCAAGUUCCAAGGGUAAAGAACCCGAGUAUCGAACAGGCUCGAGGAUCGAUUUGGAAGCCGAUCCUCUUGUUGCCGUAGGACAGAACUUCCUUGAUGACCUCGAAAAUUCCGUCAUAACCAAUGGCCCGCCAAAAUCAGAUGAGGUUUUCACAUCUCACCUUUAUUCCACCCAUGUAGCGGAAACCCACCCAGGCUCUUUAGACGACAGUCCUUUUUCAAUAACGGCCAACUAUAUUAUUCAAAGCUUAAGUUCGGGAUUCGGGCAUUCUGAAAUACUACUACCAAGACUCGGCGAAAUUGGGCAAAAGGUUCGUGUUGGGGAGAUCACCACCAUUCGCAAAUUCGAACUUGCGAUGUUACAAGCCGGCAAAAACUCUUUAGGCUCUUCCGACCUCUUCAACGAAUUCAUCCCACGAGUCAGGAGACUUUGUGACCCGAUUUACUCUGAACAGGGACUCCAAUCAAGAACAAGAUAUCAGACUCUGGGAAUAUCGUUGGUGGAAGCUCUUGUUCAAACAAUUGCGUCUAACACCCAACAUAUUCAAGGAAAUCCUACCGGGUUUUCAUUAGAGCUACCUGAAUCAACGUACGACCAAUUUCUCGAUACAUUUCCUUUUGAUAACACCACUGGUAUUGAAGGGGAAUUCCUCGUGAAUCUUGGCACAGGUCCUUCUCAGCAAAGUCAAACGGGGCUCACUGGUACUCCGAAUUUUAAUCCGGAGCUUGGCCCCAUCGACCUUCAAGACAUUAGUACCAGUGUUCCACCCCCGACGAUUGCCACCGAAGCUUUCGCUGAAACCACCUCACACACCGGGACCCCCGACAAUUCGUUUGCGACUUCGACUGGCUUCUCACCGCCGAUUACUGUUCCCACUCGACCGAAGCCUCUGUCGCCGGCCCACGUCGAACUACCACUGAAGCCGAUAUCCUCCUCGGCUCAGAAAGUGGAAGCAAAUGACCCCUGUGACAUCUGUGGGUACCGCCCGAAGGGAGACCCGCAGUGGUUCAAAGGCAGUAUGGCAAAGCACAAGAAGAUGCAGCAUUCAACUGGACCGCCAGUAAUCUAUAAAUGCCCUUUCCCUGGAUGUAAUAGUCAAUACAAGAACCGCCAGGAUAACCUACGCCAGCACCAAAUCGACAAGAAUCACUUCGUUGGCGACGAGACAGGCCGGAGACCCAGUAAGAGAAAGAAGUACUCUCCAGCAGAGUAG